AUCCCGCUUCGUCUCUCUGGUCUCUCCCCGCUCCAGGUCCACCUCCCCACUCGCCACUGCCAACCGUCCGCCUGCGUCGGAAGGACGGGAACGCCCACCACCGCUGCUCCUUCUCUCCCCCGUUCAUCCUCUCAGCCGUCCACCACCCUGCCGCACCCUCCUCCUUCUUCUCACUCUCACGACCGCGCCAAGCCGGAUCUGUGCGCGCCAGGGGCCGGGGAGGCCGGCAACGCGACGGCUGGCUUCGUUGACGCGGGGAACCUGGCCGAGAGCAUCGUGCGCGGUGUCGCGCGUCCUCCCUACCUCCAUCGUCUGCACUGCGCCCCAUCACCAACCCGAGCGCGGCGCCGCCCUCGGCGCCACCAUCCUCGCCUCCAACGCCCAUAUCGAGCAGAUCGAGCGGCGGCGCUCCUGAUCCGAUCGGGACACGAUGGAGGACGACGGCGGCAGGGCUCCGGGAGGCGAGGAAUGGUGGGGAAGCGGCGGACGUCGGUGCCAGGCGUAUCAGAUAGGGAUCCAGCGUGGCGACGCGUAGUGGAGGCCGGCAACGGUGGUGCUCCAUGCCCAUGGCGGCUCAGUCUCCUGGGAAGAACAGACGAGGUGAGACGGAGAGAAGGGAGAGUAGGGACGGCGUGGCUAUCUGCUACUGAUCCGGCGGUGGCUCCGGUCGUCAGAUCCAGGUUGGUGUCUAGAUUCCUCUUCUAGCGGUGAUUCUUCUUCUGCCGUAUCGCAUCGCCUCCAGUGCCACCAGCAGGCGCUGCUCGUCCGACUCGAUCCGGCAGAAGAAGAAGCGGACGUCGACGCGGGCCAUCAGGUUCGGCUGCUGGAGCGCGUACACCGUGCGGAGCAGGUGCCGCCGCUCGUACCGGCUCGGCAGGGUCAGUACGCCCAUGAGCAGCCGGAAGUCUGGAGCCGCCUGCGCGACGACGUGGUGCGCCGCGACGCUGAUGCCGCCGGCGCCGUCGGGGCAGCCGGUGCCGGCCAGCGACGAUUGAAGGGCGAACUCGUUGGGGUGCACGACCAUGAGCACGGCGGCGAGGAGCACGGGGGGAGCAGGAGGAGAGUCGCCGUCGAGACGGAUGGCGUCGGAGUGGGGAGCUUUCUGUGUUGUGAUUUCAUUGCGAACGGUGUGCGCCACAUCGCGGUUUCGAAGUCACAAACCAUAGGCCUCUUCCAAAGCCGGCCAUGGAAGCCGGCGAGCCACGGUGACGGAGUCAGAGCUCCUGACAACAGAAAAGGGAGGAGAAACGGCGCUGCCCGGUAUCGCAUUGAAGGUGAGCGUGGGUGUUGCGCAGGUCACGGCCCUGCUGCGCGACAACCUUUCUCCCCUAAUCCACUCUUCUCUCCCGAUUUCUUCGUCAUCGUCCAUGGCGUCGCCGCCGUUUUCAUCGGGCAUGGCCACGGCAACAAGCAAGAACGCAAACGAUGGAUUCUUUGUCAGGAUGUUCAAGCAGGAGCUGCACUGUGGGGAUACUAUGAGCGGAGCUAUCCCCUUCUGACUUAGCCUCAUCGGUACAAUGUCUUUUAAGAAUGCACCGCCAGGAAGGUGACACCUGAAUGUCUGACACCCGUGAAAUAAAAGCUACAGUAUAAAGGUAUCACCAUGAUGCUAAAUUCUCUCAUUCUAAUUUCUACACUCAUAAGUGUUAAAUUAUUUUGCUUUGUCGUCCUCUGAAUUCUCACAUUCUUAUGAAAGGUAGAGUCGACAACUGCAUUAUAGCAUAUGUUGCAAAUUAUGGCCUUGCUGUGCAUACAUAAUUGAAUGCAUGCUACAUGUGUUAACACAUACACACUGUCCGUGCAAUAGACAUAAAAGCCAAGAAUGAAACAUAAUUAAGAUAUUCUAGGUUCUUCAUCCUCCACGCCAGCAGCAGGUAAACAAAAAUGUUCCUACAACCCACCGUCUUCUUAGCAUGCUGUACAUGAGAGUUCUUCAGUGGAACCAAAACAUAACAAGGUAUGGAUGAUGAAUCCAAAUUUUCAUACACUGCAUUUGUUCGCUUUUCUUUAUUCAUACGGUAGUAUGCUAAAUAAUUUUCAGCCCUUUGGAGGACACGGCCACUUCAAAUAUCGAGAAAAGAUCCUCCACAGAAGAGUUGUUCCCUUGAGAGACCAAUGAAGAGAAAUAAGCCAAUGGUCAGAGCAACCUUUCAGAUAGCGGUCGUUUUAGUUGUAACAGUAUUCCUCUGCCCAUGUCUCAGGUUGUUGUAGCCACUAUCUCACUCUUUUGCAUUCUGCCAAGUCAUAAUAUGGUUAUAUGGGUGCAAAAAUCCAUUAGACAAAAGGAAACAUGUUAAUUCGUGAACAUGCAGUAGCAAUUAUCCAACUAUAUGCUUCAUUCCAACCUUCAUUUUUGCACCAUAGUAUUCUAAUCCCGAUUCACAUACACUAAUGUCUGCACAACACAUUAGUGUAGAAACGCAGACUCACUUGCACAUGUUACUCCCUCUGUCCCAAAAUAAGUGAUGCAAAUUUUGUACUAAGUUAGUACAAAUUUUGUACUAAAGCAGCGACACUUAUUUCGGGACGGAGGGAGUAUUUCAUUACAAUCACUACUAUGCAUGAAAUUAUUUUCCCAUCUUGUGGGCGCCAGUGCCAUUGCUAUCAUAUGAUUUUAUAUGAACCUUCGUGUCUUUCUUCCAUAUUUCUGCUUCAAUCAGGCGAAGACAGUUUAUUCAAUAGAUAAUGUUCAAGUAUGUGCUGCUCGCAAAUAACCUUGCUUCACGAGAAGGUAAUUUGUGAUGGAAUGGAACGUGAAAUUGCCCUUUUUUGGAAAAUUGUCUAUGCACUGUGAUUAUUACUUGGGAAUAUUUGAUGAUUAUCCUGUGUGUUAUAUGCAUUUUACCUUUACUGUGUUCACUCUUCUGUUGUGUUACUAGCUGCAGCAGAUUAUGGAGGCAUUAACUCUGUGCUUUCAGCACACAUUCUGAUCCAGACUCAGAGUUCUUACUUCCCUCUUAUUGAAAAUAAGAAAUGUAGUGAACACUAAUUGUCUGUAUGAGCUGUUGGUGUUGUUAUUUCAUACGUAGAUUUUAUUUUAUUUAUGCUGCCAUAAGUUCUGUUCAGUCAAAAUAAACUGUUCCUCUGUCUUCUUUUUCCUGUCUGGCUUAUGAUUUCAUCUUGGCAUAUUAAGCAGCUUGUUUCUGACUGAAUAUUCUGUUUUCAGCUGACUGGGAGGGAGAAGCUGUGCUGUAUGUACCAUGUGUGCCCAUCAGAGAGGGCAUCAUGAAGCCUGAAAUUACUGCUCAUUUGUCAAAAUCAGGAAGUAAUAAACCAAACACAAUGACCACGCAAGCCUGUAAGAGGCGGAGAUCAGUUUAUAUAAGCAGCGGGUCGAAAGAUUCUGGCACCGAUUCAGAGGUUGAGGGAAAUAAACGGUCUCAAAAAUCUGGGACGACGUCAAUCUCUUCAUCUGAGAACCGACCAUCUUCUAACAACAAGGCUGGAAGCAUGAAUGCGAGCAAGACAAGGGUCUAUAGAAAUAUUCUGGGGAAGCUCAUGGAUCACCCAGGUGGUUGGAUUUUCCAUAAACUGGUUGAUCCAGACCUAUUUGGCAUUCCUGAUUACUUUGAUGUUAUCCGCAAUCCAAUGGACUUGGGCACUGUCAAGAAGAAACUCACAAACAAGAGUUAUUUAAGCACCGAUGACUUCGCAGCAGAUGUGAGACUAACAUUUUCAAAUGCAAUGACGUACAAUCCUCCCGGAAUUCAGGUUCACACAGUAGCUGAACAGCUGAAUAUAAUGUUCAGUUUGGAAUGGACAUCAUAUGAAAGAAAAUGGAUAGACAGAAAUCUGAAGCCAGUGUAGUUGCCGAUGAAGGUAAUUAAGGCUCAUGUGGCUGUCAAUUCAAAGCCAGUGGUUUCUAGAGGGCUGGCCGCAUGUCCAAAUUCUCGAGUCGCAUGUCCACACGUCAUCGACAAAUGGACCCCCGAAAGAAGCUAGGCCUACCGAUUAGGAUGACAACGAUGAUGAGGAGGGAUUGAUAGUGUGACAUGGUGUGGUCCCAACUGUAAGGGCAUGACUGUGUCUACAAUUUUCUGCAGUAUAUUAUGAAAGCCACAAUGUGUUUUGUAAUUACAGUAUUUGUGGUGGUACUUGGUGAUCCGGUCAUCAAUAUGUUAGUUCAUGUUCUACC